AAUCAAGCAGUUGGAGCAAUGCACAGAGACAACAGUCAACAUAAGAUCAAUUUGUGAUGCACACGGGUGACGCCGUAUGUCUAGAGUCGCAUUACCAAAGACUAGCGUGGGAUCGGUCCCUACUGCCGCUGCUGCCUGCCUGCGCCUGUCUCAUCUGGAAUAGCACGGGAACCCGUUAUUUUUCACUCUGCGUCUUGAAGAGGCCAAUUUUAGGGGAUAUUCCCAUUUAGGCAUUCUUGAUCAUCGGGAGGUUUUUUACUGUCUCAAAAUACACGACAGUGCAGACGACCAUUAGUAAUAGCAUCUCCAAAAAUUGUAUAAUAAGGUAAGAAGCAUUUUGUCUGCAGAAUGUCGUUUUUAUGUUGGCAUGGCAUGUAUUUAAAUUGUUUGAGAUGAUUGUCUAGAGAUAUAAUAAUUUCCAUUCACUAUGUAUCACAUAAUUGGGGGUUUUCCUGCCCUUAUAGACAAAUUUCAAUGAAUGAUAUUUGGGGAGAGGUUUGGCGUUUUAUUUUGGGGAUCUGCGCAUCCAUCAUGAACAUUUGCAUAACGUUUAGAAAACUAAAAACAUGCUAAAUGAAUUACUUCUAUUUCGAAAAUAAUAUUCAAAUCAUGCUUUUCCGUUGGUUUAGUCACAUUUCACGAGAAUGACCAGACGACUAUGUCAUUUGAUUGGUUGAUUCUCCAUUUUUGUCAUUUUUAGAUGUUGCGCAUGGUGAAAAAUGACAUGAGAAAUAGAGUGAUGUGAUUUCGAGCGGGUUAUCACUUACAAGGUUUAAUUCCCACACCACUGCGUCGUUUCUAUCGGAAUGCACUUGUAUACCCCCCUCUAUGUCCGAGCAGGCUUAUACCAUGAACUGGAUAUCUGAAACGACAUGUUCUAUCUGCAAUUAAAUAGCAUAUUUUCCCCCCACAUCACGUUAGUGUUGCGCGUACAUGUGAUGUGGACAACCAUACAUUGUUAUAUGUGUAACGACAUUAAUCUAAGGUGAAGAAUAUUAAGCCUUCAGACCGUAGGUGCCAAACCCAUUUUCACCUUCCCUCUGAUCUCUUUACUCAUCUUCAAGCAAAAAUGUUUCUCCUCAAGGUCAUUCCAUGCCUUGGGCUCAUUUGAUGUUAUGUAAGAUCCAAAUCAUUUCAACACAAGCCUUUUGGUUGCAUCAUCUAAAUAUAUGUCAUUUUUUAAUGAAAAAUAUCCUUUGCGCCAAAUGUUGGAUAUGCAACACACAUUGCAAAUAGGCCAAGCCUAUGUCAAUGUGUAAUGUGCCUGUAUGGGGCAUACAUGGCCUCUGCAAAGAGGUCUGCACCUUUUUGGCAUAGGCAGUGCACUACCACAUGGUUGUUGGUUCAAGCACGGUGCUUGCUGUCCAUGACUCCAUCACAAUGUAUGCCUACUGCAUAGCCUACACCUAAGGCCAUCGACAGCUUUUAUCAUAUUAUGGUUGUUCCAGUUAUCUCCCACAACUGUCAAUUUAACAAUUAGUCUUUGAGUUAAUUUAAUUUUGAUUAUGUUUUCUAGGACAGGAUAACAUUUUAGCAUAUAGGCAACUGAAUGGCCCAUGUAUAGUUUCCAUAGUCAACAAACAUAUUGGCAGAGCAGAUGUAAGCAGUAGCCACUGCCAAUCCAGGCUGUCAGAUUUGUGACUUUUUAUUAUUUAAGAUGAUGAUCCACUGUGAAAGAGAGCAGCUCGCCAGUUGGGUUGAUUCCCUUGUUGAUUCAUUAUCUAGUCAAUGGCUUUAAAGGAUUAAUGAAGUACUGCACCAUCGAUGCUCCCUCCCUCCGCCCAAAACAUGCUGCCUGUCUGAAGAGAGCUGCAUCAACUCCUAUCUAACUACAGACUCCCUCACAUCUGAAGUUGCGGAAGGCAUCGCCCAAGAAUUUGUGAGAUCAACAUGAAUUCGAUUUUUUCUGUUUUGUUUUUACAGCAACUUUGAGAUUCCUUGUGUAAUGAAAAGCACUAUAUAAAAUAAAUAUAUUAUUAUAAUUACUGCCCAUGCACCCUAUGGGCUACACACUGCUGGCUUCAUAUGAUUACUCCAUUAUGUUAUGAUGACAUAUCCUUAUCACUCAUUCAUUAAUGAAUAGAUUCCUCUAGAGGUUUAUACUUUGACGUUAUUAAAUGUGAACUGCAGUUAAAAAUAUACGUCCCAAAUGGCAUCCUAUUCCCUAUAUAAUAAACUACCAACCAGUGCCCUAUGGGCACUAUAAAUUUGGGACAAUCCCCAAAUAUCAGGCUACAGGUAAUUUUGGAACCCAGAACCAAAACUCGCGUGCGAAAGUCUGUCACAAGAGACUAUAGGCUACAGGUAAAACGUAGACAGGUACGUUGGAUGAUAGGUAAUGAUCGAACGCUUGAUGUGAUAGUCAGUCUUGCUGACUGCAGUGGUCCUACCCAGCACUGUGUGAUGUCAGGCCAGAGACUGUGGUGCCAACAGAUUUAGAGAACACAAAUAGAACACUGGCAUCAGGCAGGGAAAGCAAUUCAUUAUUGAUAUAUAGUCUUUUCUUUUUUUUCCUUCUUUUUUUUACUAAUUUCAUUCCUUACAAAGGGACUGUUUGAAACAAAGCAGGUUUGAGAGCAAACUUGUUGGUUACAUUUCCUAUGAAAACCCUCUCUUUAUAAUGCGUUAUAAGCACGUUUAUAACACCUUAUGCGUUAUACAUAAUGCAUUAUAAUGCACAACAUACAUUUGAAUGUGUGGUAGGCUAUUUCUAUCACCACGUUGGUAGAAAAAUACCCUGAUGAAGGUCUAUUGAGACCGAAAUGUUGGUCUAUGAUCCAUUAAAUGUCGCGAAGCAUCAAGAUCACCUAUGUGCUGGAGUUUCCUUUCUAUUCAGUAUAAAUCCUUCCCAGUCAUCAUUUUCAGAGAUGUUUUAUGUUAUUGAGUCUCUUUGGUCAUGUGCUUCCUGCACAACAGGCACCAUGGGAAAACAGAACAGCAAGCUGACCCCUGAGGUGAUGGAGGACCUGGUGAAGAGCACAGAGUUUAACGAACACGAGCUCAAGCAAUGGUACAAAGGCUUCCUCAAAGACUGCCCCAGCGGCAGACUGAACCUGGACGAAUUCCAACAGCUCUAUGUAAAGGUGUGUUGUGAUUGGCUACAUUCUCUUAUUGCAGAUCAGGUAUGGUACAUCUGCUUUACAUGCUGGAGACGUUAUUGAUAUGGUGUUAUAACUUCUAGCUAGGGAAAUGAUUGAUACCAUGAUUAUAUAAUGUGAUUAUAAGAAACCUUUGUAAAGCUAGAACAGAGCGGAAUCAGGGUUUGAUUUCUCUGUUCGUAUUGAAACUGCACUGUUGUUCAUUAUGUUUUCUAACUGAUCAUAAUGCUUGAACAGUUGUCACUCUGAGCUAUGUAUUAUGGAAUCCUUGUAAAUGGUUCAAAGGAAGCCAGUAGAGGUGCGUGGGUAAAAUCACUGGAGAAGCCACGGCAGGAAAGAAAUGGCAUAUUACAACCUGUGUUGUGAUAAUUGCGUUGUUUGCUCUAUAACCUGUUAGUUCACAUGCCUUGCCACCAUGAUAUAUAGGCCUAAGGCCAAGACAAUAAGAAGACACAGUGGCAGAAUAAAUUCAACCACACCUUUGUUUCAUCACAAAACCGGAGAGCAACAUCUGUCCGGUGGAGUCCACAAAGCAUAUUGCAGUUGCAUGACCUACAGCAUGGACAAGCAAGUUAAUGUUUUCAACAUUUUCGGACUACUAAACAAACACCAGAGAGUUACCGCAAGUCACAAAGAAAACAGGAGCUGCCUCCACUAUUCCAGCACCAUUUCAACUUUAACAUUUCAACAUCAUCAAAUCACCUAUACUUAGUCUAAUACAGUGACAACUAAAAGAUUCCCAAAACAAUUUAGUCCAAUCAACGUAAGCAAAAUAUAAUGUGGCUGUCCAUGGUUCUGAUUUCUGUGUGUGUGUGCAUAAGUAGAAAAAACAUGUUGACUCACCCUACUCCAAUGCCAUCCUCCUCUCUUUCAUGCUGCCGAAACGGUCUAUGACUCUGUCAUACAAUACACGCUUUUAUUUUUUGUUGUCCUAGGCUACCUGGCUAAAAUGCUUGCUCGCUAGCCUAACUUCCUUUCAUGGGCAACGAUUAGCCAGCUAGUUAACAUUAGCCUACUACAUCUAGCUACAUAUUGAACUUCCAUCCUCUCAGGCCAGAGGCACAAUGUAUGAAUUUAUGGUUGGAUUAGAAUUGUCGUUAUAAUCAUUGGUCAGUACGGAGAAUUAACUAAAACCAAGUCCAAAUCCCUAUCUCCAUCCAUUUAUAAUUUAGGAAAGGGCCAAUUUUAGCUAGCCACCGGAUGACAACAACACAACAAGAUGCAACAAUUCAAAAAAAAUUCUGUCAAUGACGUUUAGUUUUUGAUGUGAUGUGAUUGGUGUGAUGCCAAAUCCAAACUGGCUUCCCUUGACACUUUUUUUGGUGCGUCAGGACCAUUCACAGUUGAGUUCACUCAGUUUAUCUCAACGCUGAUUGCCUAUCAUUGUAUAAAAAAAAUAUUAAGGGAGGCCAAAUGCUCGCUGGCUUCCCUUGCAUUCAAUGUUACGGGCAGCAACAAUGUCAUACUCUUUUUGACCAGACAGCAUCAGAUAGAUGGGCUACACAUACAGAGACAGAGGGGCGCUGUUUCGCUCGUUAGGAUGCUUUCUCCGGUGAGAUACAUUCAGCCUCUUGCGAAUUGAAGGAAAAUUAUGAAACACAGAAAGACGAAAGAUAAAAUGAUUUCUGGGGGAAGCCUAGCUUCCCUUGGCAUCCAUGAAUACACAACAAUGAAGGAAGCUGUUCUAAUCAGUUAAAGAUCUAAGUUAGAUACAACUAAAGACAUGUUUUUAAACGUCAUGUUAGAGAUGAAUAAAUAGUUGUAUAUCACAGCUGUCUCUCAAUCAAUCAAUCAAUCAAUCUCUCUCUAUUUCGCAGUUCUUCCCGUAUGGCGACGCGUCAAAGUUUGCACAGCACGCCUUUAGGACCUUCGACAAGAACAGCGACGGCACCAUCGACUUCCGAGAGUUCAUCUGUGCCCUGUCCAUCACAUCACGUGGCAGCUUCGAGCAGAAGCUCAACUGGGCUUUCAACAUGUAUGACUUGGAUGGAGACGGCAAGAUCACCAGGGUGGAGAUGUUGGAGAUCAUCGAGGUAAGGAAUCACAUUGAUGGCUGGUUUCCCGGACACAGAUUAAGCCAAGUUCUGGAUUGAAAAGCUAUUUCCUCCAUUGAAAUAGUUUUUUAGUCCAUUAUUAGGUUUAAUCUGUGUCCGGGAAACCAGCCCUAUACUGUAUGUUUAAAACAAAUUAUACUGGAUUGUUACCAUGACAUUUAUACCAUUUGUUCAAGCUAUCUAUCCAGUUUGAAGUAAUCAGCAGUGCAUGUUGUUAGAAUGUAUACUACUAAAGACAAACAUGACUAAAAGGAAACAUUGAGACAGAGGAUGAUCAAGUUUAACUAGAUAAUCAGGAGAAUGUUUAGGACUACAGUUUUAUAUUGUGGGGAACAUUUGCAGUGGUGUAAAGUACUUAAGUAAAAAUACUUUAAAGUACUACUUAAGUAGUUUUUUGGGGUAUCUGUCCGUUACUUUACUAUUUAUAUUUUUGCCAACUUUUACUUUUACUUCACUACAUUCCUAAAGAAAAUAAUAUACUUUUACUCCAUACAUUUUCCCUGACACUCAAAAGUACUCGUUACGUUUUGACAGGAAAACACAAGUGCUUUGUUUGUGUUUAUGUCUGAGUGUUGGAGUGUGCCCCUGGCGAUGCGUCAAAAAGAAUAUAUACACUGCUCCAAAAAAUAAAGGGAACACUUAAACAACACAAUGUAACUCCAAGUCAAUCACACUUCUGUGAAAUCAAACUGUCCACUUAGGAAGCAACACUGAUUGACAAUACAUUUCACAUGCUGUUGUGCAAGUCGAAUAGACAACAGGUGGAAAUUAUAGGCAAUUAGCAAGACACCCCCAAUAAAGGACUGGUUUUGCAGGUGGUGACCACAGACCACUUCUCAGUUCCUAUGCUUCAUGGCUGAUGUUUUGGUCACUUUUGAAUGCUGCCGGUGCUUUCACUCUAGUGGUAGCAUGAGACGGAGUCUACAACCCACACAAGUGGCUCAGGUGGUGCAGCUCAUCCAGGAUGGCACAUCAAUGCGAGCUGUGGCAAGAAGGUUUGCUGUGUCUGUCAGCGUAGUGUCCAGAGCAUGGAGGCGCUACCAGGAGACAGGCCAGUACAUCAGGAGACGUGGAGGAGGCCGUAGGAGGGCAACAACCCAGCAGCAGGACUGCUACCUCCGCCUUUGUGCAAGGAGGAGCAGGAGGAGCACUGCCAGAGCCCUGCGAAAUGACCUCCAGCAGGCCACAAAUGUGCAUGUGUCUGCUCAAACGGUCAGAAACAGACUCCAUGAGGGUGGUAUGAGGGCCCGACGUCCACAGGUGGGGGUUGUGCUUACAGCCCAACACCGUGCAGGACGUUUGGCAUUUGCCAGAGAACACCAAGAUUGGCAAAUUCGCCACUGGCGCCCUGUGCUCUUCACAGAUGAAAGCAGGUUCACACUGAGCAAAUGUGAUAGACGUGACAGAGUCUGGAGACGCCAUGGAGAACGUUCUGCUGCCUGCAACAUCCUCCAGCAUGACCGGUUUGGCGGUGGGUCAGUCAUGGUGUGGGGUGGCAUUUCUUUGGGGGGCCGCACAGCCCUCCAUGUGCUCGCCAGAGGUAGCCUGACUGCCAUUAGGUACCGAGAUGAGAUCCUCAGACCCCUUGUGAGACCAUAUGCUGGUGCGGUUGGCCCUGGGUUCCUCCUAAUGCAAGACAAUGCUAGACCUCAUGUGGCUGGAGUGUGUCAGCAGUUCCUGCAAGAGGAAGGCAUUGAUGCUAUGGACUGGCCCGCCCGUUCCCCAGACCUGAAUCCAAUUGAGCACAUCUGGGACAUCAUGUCUCGCUCCAUCCACCACAGACUGUUCAGGAGUUGGCGGAUGCUUUAGUCCAGGUCUGGGAGGAGAUCCCUCAGGAGACCAUCCGCCACCUCAUCAGGAGCAUGCCCAGGCAUUGUAGGGAGGUCAUACAGGCACGUGGAGGCCACACACACUACUGAGCCUCAUUUUGACUUGUUUUAAGGACAUUACAUCAAAGUUGGAUCAGCCUGUAGUGUGGUAUUCCACUUUAAUUUUGAGGGUGACUCCAAAUCCAGACCUCCAUGGGUUGAUAAAUUUGAUUUCCAUUGAUAAUUUUUGUGUGAUUUUGUUGUCAGCACAUUCAACUAUGUAAAGAAAAAAGUAUUUAAUAAGAUUAUUUCAUUCAUUCAGAUCUAGGAUGUGUUAUUUUAGUGUUCCCUUUUUUUUGAGCAGUGUAUAUACCUUGUGGUGUCUGGUUUUCUUAAAAUAACGAAUUUGAAAUGGUUUAUACUUUUACUUUUGAUACUUAAGUACAUUUUAGCAAUUCCAUUUACUUUUAAUACUUAAGUAUAUUUCAAACCAAAUACUUUUAGACUUUUACUCAAGUAAUAUUUUACUGGGUUACUUUCACUUUUACUUGAGUCAUUUUCUAUCAAGGUAUCUUUACUUUUAGUCAAGUAUGACAAUUGAGUACUUUUUCCACCACUGAACAUUGGUAAAUAACUGCAGUAGUAUUGAGAAUAAACUUUGAACAUGUUAACAUAUUAACCAAGACUGUCUGAAAAUAGGUCUUUCAUUCAUUCCUUUCUGUGGGAUCGCCUCAAACAUGUCGUCCCCUGUGUUUCUCUAGGCCAUAUACAAAAUGGUGGGCACUGUGAUCAUGAUGAAGAUGAACGAGGACGGCCUGACACCGGAGCAGAGGGUGGACAGGAUCUUCAGCAAGAUGGAUAAGAACAACGACGACCAGAUCUCAUUGGAUGAGUUCAAAGAGGCGGCCAAGAGCGAUCCGUCCAUCGUGCUCCUCUUGCAGUGUGAUAUGCAGAAGUGAGAAGGAGGUGCUCAUCUGUAUAAAACCAGACGUGUACACUCUCUUUGGACAGGCAGCACAUGUUUUAAUGUCUCAUUAAGUUCUUCUUCUCAGCCAUUUCUACAGGAAAAAAAAUUAUGCUUGGACUAUUUUUCAAUGGACUCGCUUCUUGUGGUUGUAUGCAUGAGAAUGUGAAAUAGCUGAAUAAUUUGGAAUAUAUUAUAUUACACAGUAUCAUGAUACAUUUAUAUUUUAUCAAACCUAACCUGCCAAUGUGAAUUGUGCACAAGUAAUCCUAUUCCAUUUACCUAUUCACUUUUAGGCUAGCUUGUAUAUCAGUGAAGCGCUAUACAUUGAAUUAUUCUGUUCUUGCAGUAUUUAGAUGAUCCAUGUCCACUGCUGCAGCUAGCUGCUAAUGCUAACGCUUAACAUACUGGUAAUGAACAAUAAUUCCUAUGAUAAUUGUAACUCGUCUCUAUAAUAUCCAAACGUAUUGAGCUCUUGGAAAAAUAGAGAUUCUUGUUUGUUCCAAAUAGGAAACUAACUGGAACUGAAGUGUAGGUUCUAAUCUUUGCAUGCAUGUGUUAUGUGUUCAGACUCUAUAAUCUAACCUCUUAUUACGUUUCUGCAUCCUCAAGAGCGGUAUUCAAGAAGAAGCCCUCCGAAAAGCAUUUGGUAUUGUUGCAUGGGAUGUACAGUAGUGAUUCACCAGACCAUUAUAUUAUUAACCUCCUGUGGGAGCAUGUUGCCCUCCUUAUUAAUAACAUAACGUAUGUGUAAUUAAUGUGACACGAGUUCUUGAAUGAUAGCUAAUACGAGCCCUUGUUGUAACCUUUCACACAGAGACCAGAUGUAUCUGAAAGUUGAGUAUUGAAUUUAAGUCCAACAGUAUUGAACAACUAGUGAAUAAAUAUGCUGCUAAUGAUAUACUA